AGGAGCAGCUUUUAUACAAAUUGUAUCCCAUAAUAUCCACACCAAUCUUCAGGCAGUCUGACUAUCCUGUAGGUAAUCAGGGGUGGAAAUGUCCCUUAUCUUGUGUGAGAAAAUCCAGCUGAGAGAGCUGUUUACUCGGUGUUUUGUGCUGCAGCUGUGUGUUGGAAAUUGAGUGUGUUUAUUGGAAGCAUUUCCUUCUGAUUUCCCGGCUGAGUUUGAUGGUUCACUCCUGAAUAUGAGAAGAGAAAUUGUGCCACAGUACAUCAGAGCAUACAGAGAGGAUAAACACUACAAGGAGAUUCUGAUCAUCACCCAACAAACUUAACUGCACAACUGUGAGAAAAAUCCAGGCCCUUCAUUGCAUUGCUAAAUACAGAGAAGGUUGGGCACUGAAACCAUCAUCUGGAAAUCGGUUGGGUCAGGGGAUGCAUCAUUAGAUCUGAAACUGGUCAGUGGUGUGGAGCCUUCCAACAGAACCAACCUUUCUGAAGGUUUGGCUGUGGGUGAUUGGUCAGGCUGUGGCUGGGAAAAAGUGCCGGUGGUGCCAAAUGUGAUGAGAACUUCAGUUAUUCAGUGAGCCUCAUGAACCAAUGACUCAUUCUUACAGUUUCAAGUGUGAGGGGGGGAAAGGAGGCUUCACAGGUUUAAUAAGGUACUCUCAGGCACAAGGAACAUCUGCUGUACAGCUAUUAACGGAAGGGCAGCUUCAUGGAAGAGAAACCAUUUAAAUGUGAAGUAUGUGACCAAAUGUUUGCAAAGUCAUCGACACUUGUGAAUCACCGCCGCAUUCACAGUGGGGAGAAGCCAUUCAAAUGUGAGGAAUGUAACAAGAACUUUUCACAGUUAUCGGGCCUGGUGAAUCACCAGCCUAUUCAUACUGGGAAGAAACCAUUUGUAUGCAAGGUGUGUGACAAAUCAUUCUCACAGUCAUCAAAAUUCCUCAUACAUGAACGUACUCACACAAAGGAGAAACCAUUCACUUGCAAAAUAUGUAACAAAUCAUUCUCAGAUUCAUCAGCCUUUCAAAGACACGAACGCAUUCACACAGGGGAGAAACCAUUCACCUGUGAGGAGUGUGAUAAGUCAUUCUCAGUCUCAUCCACCCUCCGCAAACACCAACGUAUUCAUACAGGAGAGAGACCGUUCACAUGUGAGGUGUGCAACAAAUCAUUCUCACAGUUAGGAGCCCUCCACACACACCAACGAAUUCACACAGGCGAGAAGCCAUUUACGUGUGAAGUGUGUGACAAAUCAUUCUCACGUUCAGGGAACCUUCGGACUCAUCAACGCAUCCACACUGGGGAGAAACCGUUCAAGUGUGAGGUAUGUGGCAAAUCGUUUUCAUCAUCAAUGAAACUCCAUGUACAUCUAAGUAAUCACACAGGGGAGAAACCAUUCAUGUGCAAGGUGUGUAGUAAAUCAUUCUCACACUCAUCAAUCCUCUGUACACAUGAACGCAUUCACACAGGGGAGAAACCAUUCAGAUGCAAUGGAUGUCUCAAAUCAUUUUUGGAUUCAUCUACUCUCCGCAGACACCAACGCAUUCACACAGGUGAGAAACCAUUCGUGUGUGAGGUGUGUGACAAAUCAUUCUCACAGUCAUCGAGCCUCUGUGCACACCAACGCAUUCAUACAGGGAUGAAACCGUUCAUAUGCAAGGACUGUGACAAAUCAUUCUCAGUUUCAUCGAGCCUCCGCAGGCAUGAACGCAUUCACACAGGGGAGAAAUUAUUCAAGUGUGAGAUGUGUGAGAAGUCAUUCUUGUACUCAGAUAGCCUCCGCAGACACCAAUGCAUCCACACCGGCGAGAAACCCUUUAGGUGUGAAUUGUGCACCAAAUCAUUCUCAAGGUCAUGGAACCUCCUGCUCCAUCAGAGGAUCCACACAGGGGAGUAACCUUUCAAUUGGGAGGUUUGUAAUGAACAUUUUGUGAUGUCUUUAACCAUCUGGGACAUCAUAGGAUUCAUAGAGAAUCUCUCUUCCAUUGAAGUGUUUGUGACAAUGCUUUCACAGUCAGCGUAACAUUGGUUAAUGUACUCACAUAAGGGAUAAACUCUAUCAGUAUGGAUUCUGUCAUAAAGCCUUCACACAGUUAUUGAACCAUCUGGAAUAUCAGUGAAACCAUACAGGCCCAGUCCGACCUCAGAAUGUGAACCUGUACACAGUCCCACUGUGCAGGAUGUUCAGUGGAACUGGGACACAUAACAGGAAGCAGCUUUCACUUCCAUCAAACAACUAGUGAUGACAUCACCAGUGCUGAGGGAUUAUGAUGUCAACAAUGGAGUCACCCUGCAGUGUGAUGUCAGUGAAACAGGACUUGGAGUAACCCCCAGGCAGUGAGGACAGCCCGCUGUGUUUGUAUCCAGAGGGUUUACACAAACUGAACAGCACUGUACACAGAUUGAGAAAGAGAUUCUUUGCUGAUUGAAAAGUUGCACCUGGGAGAAGGAAAGUGGUAAUAGAGUCUGACCACAUGCCAAUUAAAAACAUCUUUCUCAAACCAUUUGCAUUUGCUUGACAAUAAAAACAGAAAUAACUGAAGAAACUCAGCUGGUUUGGCUGCAGAUUUGGAGAGAAAGUAGAAUGAUGUUUUGAGUACAGUGAUCCUUCUUCAGAACUCUAAAGCAUUCAGAAAGGAUGUUUCUUUGUUUGCAGAGAUAUCACUCAGAAGUGAAGUACAGCAAGAGAAGCAGAUGACGUCAAUGGCAUGCUGUUGAGUGCUGCACUCUCUCUGAAGGAAGUUGUUGUUCAUACAAAGUGAAAUUUCCAGACAGACUGACUCCAUAGAAAUUACUGGAAAGACUGGAGAUUCCAACAAGAACUUGAGUCAGCAUGCAAGAUUUUGGACAGUUCUGAUUUUUCUUACCUGGAUAAUUAUACAGGAAUUCUAAGACAGAAAAAUAAACUCCUCUAACUAUUGGGUACACUUACACUUGACUCCCUAAAACGCUCACUUUGACACACUGCUCAGUCCUUACAACCUUCUGAGUACUCCCCACAUCACCCCUGAUUCUCUGCAUCCCAAUCUGACUCAGUGACUGGCCCAAACUGACCAGUUCUCACCUCAUGACUAAAGUCCACCACUGGACUAUCCCUUCAAAAAGACCUGGCUCGUCCCCAAACCUAUGAAACUUCAAAACUUCAAAACCUGGCUAUCCCCUCCCUCCCUAACAGACCUGAAUAGCCCCAAACCCAAUAAAAUUUCACAACCCGAAGAACCCCUCAACCCAGCAUGUUUACCCCUGCAGCUCUGUAAAAUUUCACAACCUGCUGCCCCUCUCCCAAACCAACUUAACCUGACCUGAGUACUUUGCAACUUGACAAAAUCUCACAGCCCCACUAUGUCCUCUACACAAACUAGCCUGCCUAGCCCUGAAACGUAUAAACUAUCACAAUGUAUCUAACCCCUAGCCAGACCUUAGUAACCCAUAGCUCUAUAAAAUCUCACAACCAGACUAUCUUACAAACCUAUAAAAUCUUGUGACCUGACUAUCCAAGAGCACCCAAGUAUUUACCCAUUUCAUACAGCUGCCACCCUACCACUUAGCUUCUUAAACCUGGCCACAUACCUCGCCAUUCUGCCUCUUUAUGUACCCUGUCACCCGAUUCACUCACUCAUUCAUCCACUUCCCCAUUCACUAACAUUCACACUGGACAAUUUAUAGGGAAUACAAAUUUUAUUCAAGGACUAUGAGGAAUUGGAAUGUGGAAGUUUUUGGACAUUCUAGGUUGAAAGAGUUUUGAAUAGACAUGUAAUUUCUAAGCGUUGUAUUCAGCAGUAAUUACAAAACUCAAAAGUUGAUGUGAGCUGUUAAUAUCGCAUUGUUUUGGUUGGAAGUCAAAUAACUAUGUGGAAAAGACAAGCCAAAGCUUUUAAGAGAGACAAAAAGAUAGGUUUAUGGCUUUAAUUGCUUGGUAGACUUGGCUUGGAAGAUUCUGUGCUGAAGGUUGCCUAGCAACAGCUUUUGGACUACAGAUGUGUUUUCCAGUAAACAUGAGCUGUAUCAGUUAAUGGCAGAACGUCAUGUUUUUUGACAGAAAAAAAAUCUCUCUCCUGGAAAAGAAAAAUUCUGAAACUUAACAAGGUGCACACAACCAUCUUGGUGAGUUCCAGAAAUCAGUACCUUUAACAUUGUCUUAAGCUGUGAAAGUUGAACUGUUACUUCCAGUCAAAGACCUAAAUCUAACUGACUUACCAACUGAACUGAAGAUCUCAUCACUUCUAAAACUGUCAGCAUUGUUCUCUCAAUGACAGGAAUCUGUUUUUUAAUCUGUUAAGCUUGGCCUCAUUUGGCUGUUUCUUACCAUUUUCCUUUUUUUGUAAAAUCGAGGAUUUAGAGGGAUAUGCAGGCAAAUGGGGUGAGGUCAGAUUGGGAUGUCUGGUCAGCACGGACAAGCUGGACGAAGUGUCUGUUUCCGUGUUGGACAAUUGUAUGACUCAUUCUAAGAGUCUCGGAUAAUUGGUGCAGAUUUGGGAUGAAAGGGUUUGUAAUUUAAUUCUAAAUAGUAGCUUAGUUGUUAACCAGUUUUGCCAUUCAUUGUAGAAAUAGUCUUUAUGAAUUCACCUCUUCCCCCACUGCGCCUCCAUUUUGUAUGACAUACAUCUGCCAAAUUAGUUUAAACCCCCACCACCUGCACUAGUAAUCUUUUCCAUAUGGAUGUUGCUUUCAUUCUGGUUCAGGUGCAUGCUAUCAGACUUGUAUAGGUCCUAUGUUCCCCAGAAAUAAAGCCAGUGAUGCAGAAAUCUCACGCCUUUCAUCUAUGCCAACUCAUCAGCCAUGCAUUUGUUUAUUCUAUUGGCCAAUUACUGUAUUCACUAACAUAUCACGCUG